AUGAGGCUGAAAGAGGACCGGGGGACUCUCAGGGGAGGUCCCAUCUUGCUGCUUGGGCUGUGGGCACUCCUGGGUCCAGUCCAGUGUUCUCCCGGCCGUCCCUUGUGGCGCUAUAUCUCCUCUGAGGUGGUGAUUCCCAGGAAGCAGAUGCACCGUGGGAGAGGCAUUGAGGUGCCAGGCUGGGUGUCCUACAGCCUAAAAUUUAGCGGCCAGAGACACGUCAUCCACAUGCGACUCAAGAACCUGUUCAAGCCCAGACAUCUGCCAGUGAUGUCCCAGGAUGACCAAGGAGCCUUACAGAUGGACUAUCCCUACGUCCCAAGAGGCUGUUACUACAUCGGCUACCUGGAGGACAUUCCUUACUCCCUGGUCACCGUGGACACGUGCUAUGGGGGAAUUGAAGGUAUUAUGAAGUUGGAUGACUUCUCCUAUGAAAUCAAACCUCUCAAGGAUUCCCUCAGGUUUGAACACGUUGUUUCUCAGAUAGUGGCAGAAAGAAAUGCAACAGGGCCUUCAUAUAGACCAGGAUACAAAGAGGAUACAGACUCCUUGUUCUCUGCAGCAAACAUCAGUGCAGCCCCGAGGAUAUCUAGUAAGUACUUUUCGUCCCAUCCAUUCAGUAUAAAAGGACUUCCUCAAUGUUCUCUUUCAAUGUAUAGUGUAUUCAACAAUUUCACAAAUUGCGUCCACUACAUGGUUUCUUUUACUAGUCUAAUUGACUCCCUUAUAUGGGGUCUUCAUGGGAGGUACAUUAUUUAUGGUUUGAUCAUAUAUAAUGCAAAGGAUCCGGCCCCUCUAAACAAUUACAAUGUGCCAGGAAGUCCAUUUCAUGCAUAUUUUUCAAGAAACAUCUUUCAAACAAUUAAUCCCCAUUCAUCUUUCUUGUUGGAUAAAAAUGGACCUCGUGACUUUGAGUUUACUGCACACCGUUCGAGUAUAUGCACAGCAAACAGUCUAGUAAUGGUUGGCCAACUAGGCAGACAUUACUUUUUGAUGUCUACGCUGACAACACAGCAUGUUACAAGAACUAUUGGGGUGGUUUAUGAUGACCCUUCUUGUUCUUGCCAGAGGAGGACCUACUGCAUCAUGACCCAAUUCCCCGGAAUGACAGAUGCAUUCAGCAACUGCACCAUCAAGCAAAUUGCAGAAAUAUUGCGUAGUGGAACUUAUUGCUUAUAUAAAUUGCCUGAGCCAUUUAUGAAUGCAACUCUAACAGAGAUUCGUUGUGGGAAUGGCAAAGUGGAGGCAAGGGAGCAAUGUGACUGUGGCUCCCUCAAGCAAUGUUAUGGCAACCCCUGUUGUGAAACUAACUGCAGACUGACAGCUGGGAGCGUUUGCAAUGUGGGAGAGUGCUGUACAAACUGUACUUACUCCCCGUCUGGGACACUCUGCAGACCUAUCAUAAACAUAUGUGAUCUUCCGGAGUACUGCACUGGGAACACCUUUCAGUGCCCUGAUAAUUUUUAUCUGCAAGAUGGAACCCCAUGCACUGAAGAGGGCUACUGCUAUAGAGGUAACUGCACGGACCGCAACAUGCACUGCAGAGAAAUAUUUGGUAAGCAGGCUGUGAAUGCUGCAGACAUUUGCUAUCAAAUAAACACUAAAGCAAACCGAUUUGGACACUGUACGAGAAAUGUGGAGGAUCCGAAUUUUUUUGCAUGUGCAGAUGAAGAUGUUAAGUGUGGAAGGUUGCAGUGCAGCAACAUCACUCAACUUCCAAGGUUGCAGGAACAUGUUUCAUUCCAUCAGUCCCUCAUCUCGGGGGCCUUGUGUUUUGGAUUAGAUGAACACCGUGCGACAGAAACAACUGAUGUUGGACUUGUGAGAAAUGGUAGCCCCUGUGCCAAAGGAAAGUUCUGUAAUAAUACCUAUUGCAAUGCAAUUAUGUCUGCAAUUAAUUACGACUGUUUGCCUCAGAAGUGCAGUUUUAGAGGAAUUUGCAACAAUCGAGGAAACUGUCAUUGCCACACCGGCUGGGAACCUCCACUAUGUCUACGAACAGGUUCUGGUGGAAGUGUAGACAGUGGGCCCCCUCCAAGGAGAACCCGGGCCAUAACACCACGUAAAGAAUCGGUGACUUAUUUGAGAGUGAUCUAUGGUCGCAUUUAUGGCUUGAUAUUUGCAUUCCUCAUUGGGUUGGCCACAAAUGUACGCGCUAUCAAAAUUACUGAAUCAUGA